AUGGAGUCAAGCACCAAACGAGAUACUAUUCUACCAAAUCAAUUGUGGCCGAAUAGAGGAGAUGCCAAUGCGAAGAAAUCCGACUUCAAUACAAGAGAUGACGACAUGAAUGAGGACACCGUGGGUGAAGCAAGCCCGCCGAAAAGGCUGUUCGAGAAAAGCCAUGUGCACCGAAUGGGCGUUCCAGUCAAACCAAGCGAAAAGAGCGCAUCUCUUGCUCUUCCCAAGAAAAGUUCACUGGACAAGUAUCACAAAUCAUACAAUAUUGACCAGGCUGGAACAGGAGUAAUAGCCUUGAAAGACACUGAGAAUCUCCCCAUUUGUCUGAUCAAGGACCGUGACGCUAGAAAACUGCGAAUUCGAGGACUGAAAUUUGCUAGUCACAGAAACAUUCUAUCCUUGAUUGAUCACUUCCAAUCUAGAGAUAUACUUCAUUUAGUCUAUGAGUAUGAGCACUUGGCAAUCAGUCUUGGUUAUAUUACAGGAAAUGUUCAGUUCAGCGAUACGGACACAGCGACACAAGGCGAAGUUAAGCUUGGUACGUCUUGUCCGCUCAAUUUGAACUUCACUAAUUCACGAGAAGCAAAUAUUGGCGAAAGCUUAUUGAAAAAGCAUUCCUCUGAUACGAUUCAGAAGGAUAUCCAAGACAUUAGGUCAAUCGUAGUGUUCCUAAGUGACCGGAGCGCCGCACUUCUUAGCUCAAGCCAUGACCUUGAUAUAUCACCGCUUUCACGGCUGGCCCAUUCAUUUGUGCAGAGAACUAAGGAAGAUACAACCGCCGACAAGCUGAUAAAAGUCAGUACCUCAAGCUUUUUCUCUUCGUGGCAUCGCUGA